AGCACAUCGACUCAUCUCUUUCCCUUCAAUCCAGUCUGUUAUUACCCAGGGAAACAAUGGAUUGUGCAGCUGCAGUAUUUGGCUCCAUCUUUCAGUGCUGGGAUUGCACGACCAAGUACCGGACGUACAUCCAAAACCUUGGAGACAACCUCAACUCUCUGGAAAACAAGAUGAAUGAGCUUAGCCAUGUCAAGGUAGAUGUGACAAGACGAGUUGAGACGGCUGAAGGAAAAGGAUGGGUCCUAACAAGCGAUGUUGAUGGCUGGUUAGAGAGAGUCGACGCCCUCAAGGUUGAAGUGAGCGGGAUUCUGGCAAAAGGGAAGCAGUUGAUGGAGAAGAGCUGCCUAUGCAGCCUCUAUCCCAAGAACUGCCGGGCACGCUACAGGCAGUCUAAGGCAGCAGAGAGAAAGGAAAGCACUGUGGAAACAGAAAUCGGCCGUGGUCGGAGUUUUGAAGUUGUGGCCUAUGAGCCAGGCGAUCUGGUCCUCAAGAGAUCUCUAGAGGCUCUUUGGGACAAGAUGGCGGAGCUGGGACAUGUGUUUGAAGAUGUGAGGGAGCGAGUUAAAAUGGAGGAAGAUCGGCACCUGAAGCGAACAAGUGAAGUUGGUGGCUGGCUGGAAAGAGUGGAACUUCUCAAGGAAGAAGUGGGGAAAAUUCUGGAGAAAGGGAAGCAACAAAUGGAGAAGAGCAACCAGGGAGUGGGAGGGGACCUUCAAUCUCACAGGAACUGUCCGUCCUAUCACCAGCUAUCAAAGCACGCCGAGGAAAAGAGAGCAACCUUGGAAGAGGAGCUCGGCAAGGCUCGUGGUUUCACAGUUUAUACCUACAAGCCAGAUGAUCCUCUGAUGGUUGAGAUACCUCUUGAGUCGCCGGUGGGCUUAGAUUCCACCUUCGAGGAAGUGUGGAACUGGGUCCAAGAUGAAAGGGUGAGACAAAUUGGGUUGUAUGGCAUGGGCGGUGUUGGAAAGACCACCCUCCUGAGAAAAAUCCACAAUGAGUUUCUGAAAAUUGAGCAUGAUUAUAAUGUGGUUGCUUGGAUUGUGGUGUCCCGAUCAACUAAUCUUGAAAAAAUUCAAGACGCCAUAUGGAAGAAAUUGAAACUCUCUGAAGCUGAAUGGCAUCACCUCAGCGAACAGGACAGAGCUGGCAAGAUAUUGAGUAUUAUGAAGAAAAAGAGCUUCAUGCUCUUCUUGGAUGAUAUAUGGGAGGAAAUAGAUCUCUUGAAUAUUGGGAUUCCUUCUCGCGGUCAUCAACACAGAUCAAAGAUAAUAUUCACCACCCGAUCAGAGGAAGUUUGUGGCCUCAUGCAAGCUGACAGAACAAAGAAGGUUGGUUGUUUGUCACCACAUAAAGCCCUUGAACUAUUCCGAGAGAAGGUGGGUGAAGAAACUUGGUCUGCUCAUGUUGAAAUCCCAAAACUUGCCGAAGCUCUGGUCGAGGAAUGCGAGUACCUGCCGCUUGCUCUUAUUACUGUUGGGUCAUCAAUGGCCAGUAGGAAGCAUCUCGAAGAUUGGAGACGCACUAUUAAAGUUUUGAAGAAUCGUCCAUCCAACUUUGCAGGUAUGGAAAAAGGGGUGCUCUCUGUGCUAGAAUUUAGCUAUGAAGCUUUGCCAAAUGAAACUCAAAAAAAGUGCUUCUUGUAUUGUUCAAUAUUUCCAGAGGAUCAUGAGUACGACAUGGAGCAAUUGAUAAAUCUAUGGAUUGGGGAGGGGUUUCUUGAUGAAUGUGAUGGUAUACAUGAAGCAAGCGAUUGUGGAAUCGAUAUAAUCAACAACCUUACACGUGUUUGUUUAUUGGAGGAUCAUUGUCGAAGAAAAUUUAGAAUGCAUGAUGUUGUUCGAGAUAUGGCUCUAUGGGUAUCCUCUGAACAUGGGCAGAAGAAGAAUAAAAUCAUAGUUCAGGAGAAGCAGAAGUCUUUUCUGCCAAAGGAAGUCAAAAAGUGGAAUGAUGCUGAAAAGAUCUCUCUCUGGCGGGUUGAUCAAAAUACUGAAAACAUCGAUGCAGCAUUGACUACUUGCUCCAGUCUAUCUACUCUAAUACUACGGCAUACUGAGGUGGAGACAUUUCCACAUGGAUUCUUUUCUUCCAUGCCAGCCUUGAGAGUUUUGGAUUUGUCAGGGAAUGGAUGCUUGAUAGAGUUAACUGAAGAUAUUGGAGUAUUAGGAAAUUUGCGAUAUCUUAAUUUGGAGGGGACAAAGAUAAUGAAGCUGCCAAUGGAAGUAAAGCGUUUGACGAAGUUGGUGGUUUUGCUUGUAGAUCGUGCAUGCAUUCCAGAGGGAUUGAUCCCAAGUCUGUCGUCCUUAAGAUUGUUUCACUGGGGAUCAAACCAUUCUAAUUCCAGAAGAAUAGUUGAAGGAGACGAGCUGAAUCUGAUAGAGGAGUUGAAUGGCAUGAACGAAAUAGACGAGAUUUACCUGACCUUAACCUUCGAUAGUACGGUUAAAAAGUUAUUCAUGAGCUGCCCUGUCUUGCAGAGUUGCUUAUCUGUACUCAGGCUUACUGAGUUGGGGUCACUUACAAUCCCAAAGUCAUCACCAAGGAGAAUGGAGCAUCUUACAUAUAUAUCAUUUUAUCAUUGUCGAUUUGCUGAAAUCACCAUGGAAGAUGUUGAAUAUGGUGACAGAUCUUCUCUACCUUAUGGAAGUACGAUUCCUAAACCGCCUUUAAGACUGGAAAGUCAAGACUGGUUCCGAAGCCUUGAAAGGAUAUCCAUCUCUCAUUGCCAGCAAUUACAAGACGUGACAGUUUUGAUUUAUAAUGCUCCGUACCUGAAGUACCUCAAAAUUGAGAGUUGUUACUCAAUGCGGGAACUGAUCGGCAGCAAUGUUGCUGCAAGCCAUGUGUACAGAAUAUUCUUAUGCCUCAUCAACCUAUGUUUAAUCAAUCUUCCGAAAUUGGAGAGGAUCUGCAGUAGGCUGCUGGCGUUUCCUUUGCUGGAACGGGUAGAAGUCAAUGGCUGUCCAAAACUGAAGAAGCUCCCACUUGUUCGCAGCAAGGAAAAGGUUCAAUGAAGAAAUGGGAUGACCGAGAGACAAAGGCGGCACUUCUCUACCAAGUUGGUGGUCAAGUUGGAGCUGUUUGGUACUCUGUCAGAUUCAUUGUUGCGGGCGUAGCAUUUGAUUAUGCAACUAUGAGGAUAAAACCCAAAUUGCAAGGUUUCAGCGAGGCUGUGUUCGGGGAAGACGAGAAUGGACAGAGUCAGCUCAAGCUAGUUCUGUUUUAGCUUCCAGGUCAGGCCUCUGUGCCAAUUAGCGGUUAAAAGGUUCUCAUAUUGCCCAAUUUGCAGGGCUUGGACGUUUGUUGGUACUCUUUGCAAAUUUAUUAUGAUCUAACGAAUGCACCAACACUUAUCCCCCAAAAAAACAAUCAAGAGGAAAUUGUAUCAGAGAUUUUCUGGCAUGGAUAAUUAUGUACUGAAACAGAAACUAUCCUUCCACUCGAAGACAAUUAAACCAUAAGAUGCAUUGGUGAAACUUUCUGCGAUUUUCUUCCUCAUUAGCAACAGAGAAGAUCAGGCUGAUCCUUUUGUUUUUUCCCUCCAAAAGUGUGAUGAAAGGGAAAAGUCAAGAGAAAUUGUAUGGCCAACGAGAUUUGGAUGUAUGGAGGUUGAAUGAUAACCGUGAUGGGCAAAUAUCUCGAGUGCAGAUGCCACUGUGAGUUCACCUAGUUUCUGAGGAUUCUUCACUUUAGUUUGAGCCAGGCCAUUAUCGGAACUAGACCAAACACAUGCUCCUCUAUUAGGGAAUGCGACAUUUCUCUUUUUUUAUCGUCAACAGGCCCAGCAUCUACAGCUAUAUCAUAUUGAGUGAGACUUUCUCCAUAAGAUUGUCCGUUCCCACCGUUGAUUUAGGCCCGGGCUUCAUCUCCCUACCGGGACCUUGACUCCAUCUCUGCCCAUGUAGAUCUUCUAAUGCAUUAGUGAUUUGUAAGUCACAAACUUUUAACAAUCUCGAUCCAGUAAGGCUCUCAAUCUUACUCGAUACUGCAAGGUUUUCUCAUUAAUAACUGGACUCUCUUGGCCUUGAUGGCAAUCACUGGGGCUCUCUUGACCUUUGGUGACAUUUUGAUCGUGAAUUG